CAUCUUAAAAUAAAUACAUGGCAUUAUAUUUCUAAUCUGAUCAAACAAGUAUCCAUAUUUUUAUACAAAAGUAUAAAUGAACGCGUUUUUAGUUUUACUUUGAUAAUCGUCAAGGGCUGGUGAAAGAUGAAAGAAGAUGCUGCCCAAGUCAAUCAUGGAACAAACGUCGAAGAAGACAAAGAAAGUGAGCCAGACACUAAAACUUGCUACGGAAUUAACAAAAACUUGAUAAUGUUGAAAGUGACGUUGUUCUUUCUUUAUGGAGCAACGUCCUCUUUAGUGCCAUACUUGACAGUUCACAUGCAAAAUAUAGGUCUCAAAAUGGAAGAUAUAUCCUUAGUGUACCUCUCACUUCCCAUAACAACAUUUCUAGCUCCACCGAUAACAGGAUACUUAGUGGACAAGUUUGGAAGAUACAAACCUGUGGUCAUAGUUUCCUUCCUUCUAACAGCCGUGCUGCACCAUGCGCUGCUUCUUAUUCCCGGCCAGGAGCUUCCAAGGGUUCAACCUCCAGGAUAUGUCAUAACGCAUCCUAGAAGAAAUAACGUCGAAGUCUGGUGGAGUCCAUGUCCUAGCAAAGAAUGUCCUGAAGAAGAAGAAGUUGAUGUAGUGCUAGAUAUGUGCGUGGAUCAUUGUUUGUUGAAGAAGAACGAAGAACAGAUGAAUCCUAAUUUGGUAGUUUAUGGAAAUGGUACUGAGACUGGUUUAGAUCCAGGAGAACAAGACGAUCUUAUUUUCCAUAUUGGAAAAAACAAUACUAGGACUAAUUCCUCCAUAGUUAUUAAGUUAGACAUGCAUCCGAACUUAGGAGAACCCAUAGAACAAUUGGGUAUAGAGAUAGAAGACGAAGGAGAUCAAAACGUUAUGGAGUUAUCCAAGAGAUUUAGCAACAGGAUGUUGCGUAGAUACGGUGUCAAGACUGAGGAACUUGACAAUUUAGACCUUCGAUGUGGCGGAAUAGUUUACGGUGCUAACUACGUUACAAAACAACGUAUUAAAGUGAUGGCGAAGGAUUGUAUUCUGCAAAAAUGUCAAUUCAGACAUAACGGGCCUAAGGUUUGCCCACCAGAUUACAAAGAGAGCGAUAACAAGACUUUCUGGAUCUAUUUCUUGUUGAGGUUCACAGGGACCAUAAUGCUGACAGCAGGAGUAACUAUCAUGGACCCGAUAGCUUUAGCCCUUAUUGAGAAAUACGGGGGCGAUUUUGGGAAAGAACGUUUGUUUUCGAGUUUAGGAAUGGCAAUAUUCUCGCCUUUGACAGGCUACAUCAUGGACUUAAACAGCCAGAGACUAGGGCACACUGAUUAUUCUGCAGCAUUCUACGCCUUUGACAUAUUACUAAUAAUUUCAGCUGGAGCUGCUUUCAUGAUGCCUUUAGGCAACAAGCUUCCCUCUGAUAACGUAUUCAAAGACCUAAUGAAUAUCUUUAAAAUGCCAAAAGUCGUCGUCUUCGUUAUGUUCUUGUAUAUCUUGGGAAACCUUUGGGGUUUCAUUGAAAGUUACUUGUUCUUCUAUUUGAGGGAUUUAGGUGCCCCUAAUUCACUUUUAGGGGUAACCGUGACAGUAGGGACGCUAAGUAGCUUGCCGUUUUUGUAUGGCGCUGAUAAUAUUGCAAAUAAAAUUGGACAUGUCAAUAUCAUCAUUAUAGCGUUCUUUGCUCAUGCUGCGAGACUUAUGGGAUACUCUUUUAUAGAGAGUGCUUGGUGGUGCUUUCCUUUUGAGGCAUUAGAAUCUCUUUCUGUGCAUUUAAUGUGGGUAGCAGCAGCCACAUACUGUGCUCUUUUGGCACCCUCAAAUUUACUAGCCACGCUUAUCGGAGUUUGCGGUAUGGCCCACUAUAGUAUAGGAAGAGGAUCAGGCUCCUUUAUUGGCGGACACAUCAUCAGCAAAUACGGCAUACGUCAAAGUUUUCAAAUAAUGGGUUUUCUAGCUGUCUUCUCCGGCAUUGCUUAUACCUUACUUAACAGAUUCGUGUUGAAAAAAGAAGAAGAGGUCAAUGAUGGGGACGAAGAAUCGAUCAAACAGCUAAAGGACAACGAACCGAAAUUCAAAGACCAAGGAACCAUGAUCAGUUCCGAAAGAUUGAGCUUGAUGGUCGAAUUUAACCAAAUUGGUUCUUUAACAUCUCUGGGAAGAAACCAUUCUAUCAGAGCUCGAAGCAAUAGUAUUCGCAGGGGCAGCUACUCGGGUGCAGCUACAAAAAACAUGAAGACCUCGAAAAAUGAUCUUCUCAAGUCCGCUAUCGAAGUCAACCAUACGAAAAGUACAGCCAAAUUAAACAAAAGGACUGAGAGUAAUGGACAAGUGGCGUCAGAUUUCAACACAAGCAUAACGAGAAUGCCUCCAAGAAGUCAAAGCUUGGCGUUCCACGAAAGAGAAGAGCUGAUUCCAAAUGAAAAAGACGAAAUAGUUUACGAUGAAAUCAAAAAGAAACAGCCUAGCAGUGAGAAAGUGGAAAAUAUCGAAGAUCGGAUUUCAUAGAAAGCAGAUUAGUUUAGAAAAAUUUCAUUAUUUACAAAUUAUAUUAAUAUUUAUGUUCAGUAAAGCAAUUAAAUA